AUGACAUCACAACCACCCUCAGAGCACAGGACCGCCGUAAUAGGCAAUGCCUCAAACUUCUGGCUCCACUCAACACGCACAGGCUUCGACCUCACUCACCCCCAAACACCAACCGAGACAGCGCCGGGACCCAGACUCAAGCUCAGGACCAGCACUUCGCCCAUCACGCUCUCCCCUGCCAGUUCUGCGCUUGUGAUAAUCGAUAUGCAAAACUUCUUCCUCUCGCCCUCUUUCGGUCGAACCAAAGGCCCCGGCCAUAAGGCUGCUGACAACCUCCUUAACCAUGCCAUCCCCGCCGCCCGUAAAGCCGGCAUCCAGAUCAUCUGGCUGAAUUGGGGAUUAUCUGACGAAGACUUGAACAAGAUGCCGCCAGGAGUGAUGCGCGCGUUCGGUUUCCAAGCUAUCGUAGAGAACAUUGAAGAGACGGCUAAGGGAAGGCCGCACGUUGACCCAUUCAGAGAGAGGCCUGACGGUAUCGGCGUCGAUAGGCACGGCGAUGUGAAGUUCCGAGGCGGACAUGCGUUGCUGGAGAACGGGAAAGGCGGCCGCAUCUACAAGGGUCUUGGGUCAUCUUGCGGGAUUGUGAGUCUGGCAAACGGGGAGACGGUCGAUGCAGGGAGGUUGUUAGUACGGGGAGAGUGGAAUGCGGCGCUUUAUCCGCCGUUGGAUGUGGCGUUUAAAGAGGGCGAGAAGCUGUCCGAGGUGCCUGAUGUUUGGAUCCAUAAGAACCGGAUGUCGGGGAUGUGGGGUGCGAGCACCCCGUGUGAAGAGUUCCUCGAAGCUCACGGUAUCAAGAGCCUUCUUUUCGCAGGCGUGAACACGGAUCAGUGCGUGAGCGGGACAUUCACAGAUGCUUUUAGUAAGGGGUAUGAUUGCAUUCUGCUGAAUGACUGCUGUGGAACUACGUCACCAGCGUACGCGCAGCAGUGUAUAGAGUUCAAUGCAGCGAAAACCUGGGGCUUUGCUAUGAACAGUGAAGACUUCGCAAAGGGGGUAGAGGAGAUGGAGAAGUGA